GUUUUUGUUUGGGAGGAAGAGGGAGGGCUCUGGAGUCUGUGCUAGGCAGGCUUCAUAUUCUCACAGUUCAUGCUUAAGGACUACUGUAUUUACAGUGUUCCUAACGUCUUCGCAUAAAGGAGAAAACCUUCCUAGCCUCGGCCAUGAAGGGAGUAACCAAGGAUCAAAAUGAAAGUUUUAAGCUACAAGAGUCAGCUCUGUUUUGGAACAACUGGUUUCACUUACGAGAUAUGACUUUACAAUAUUUUAAGACAAAGGAAUGCUGACUUUAGAAAAGUCGCACGGGGCAUGGAGCUGGAAAGCUAUGAACAGCCCGUGGUUCUGAGAGAGGACCAGGGGCGCCGGCGGAGGAAGAUGAAGCCCCGCAGCGUGGCGGCCAGCCUGUCCUCCAUGGAGCUCAUUCCCAUCGAGUUCGUGCUGCCCACCAGCCAGCGCGACAGCAAGACGCCAGAGACGACGCUGCUGCACGUGGCCGGCCAUGGUAACGUGGAGCAAAUGAAGGGCCAGGUGUGGCUGCGGGCGCUGGAGACCAGCGGGGCCGCAGACUUCUACCACCGCCUCGGCCCGGACCACUUCCUCCUGCUCUACCAGAAGAAGGGGCAGUGGUACGAGAUCUAUGACAAAUACCAGGUGGUGCAGACGCUGGACUGUCUGCGCUACUGGAAGAUGCUCCACAGGAGCCCCGGCCAGAUCCACGUGGUGCAGCGCCACGCGCCCUCGGAGGAGACGCUGGCCUUUCAGCGGCAGCUCACAGCCUUGAUCGGCUACGACGUGACGGACGUUAGCAAUGUGCACGAUGACGAGCUGGAGUUCACACGCCGCCGCCUGGUGACCCCACGUAUGGCCGAAGUGGCCAGCCGCGACCCCAGGCUCUAUGCCAUGCAUCCCUGGGUGACGUCCAAGCCCCUCCCAGAGUACCUCUCUAAGAAAAUUAACAACAACUGCAUCUUCAUCGUCAUCCACCGCAGCACCACCAGCCAGACCAUCAAGGUCUCAGCGGACGACACCCCCAGCACCAUCCUGCAAAGCUUCUUCACCAAGAUAGCCAAGAAGAAGUCGCUAAUGGACAUCCCGGAGAGCCAGAACGAACAAGAUUUUGUGCUGCGCGUCUGCGGCAGGGAUGAGUACCUUGUGGGCGAGACGCCCAUCCGAAAUUUCCAGUGGGUGAGGCAAUGCCUGAAAAAUGGAGAAGAGAUUCACGUGGUGCUGGACACACCCCCGGACCCCGCCCUGGACGAGGUGAGGAAGGAAGAGUGGCCGCUGGUAGAUGACUGCACAGGAGUCACCGGCUAUCACGAGCAACUGACCAUCCACGGCAAGGACCAUGAAAGCGUCUUCACAGUGUCCCUAUGGGACUGUGAUCGCAAGUUCAGGGUCAAGAUCCGAGGGAUCGAUAUUCCAUCCCUGCCCCGGAACACCGAGCUCACGGUGUUUGUGGAGGCCAAUAUCCAACACGGGCAGCAGGUCCUUUGCCAGCGGAGGACCAGCGCCAAGCCCUUCACAGAUGAGGUGCUCUGGAACGUGUGGCUUGAGUUCAGUAUCAAAAUCAAGGACUUGCCCAAGGGGGCCCUUCUGAACCUCCAGAUCUACUGUGGCAAAGCACCGUCGCUGUCCAGCAAGGCCUGCACGGACGCUCCUGGCGCUGAGUCUAGAGGCAAGGCCCAGCUUCUCUAUUAUGUGAACUUGCUGCUGAUAGACCACCGCUUCCUCCUGCGCCAUGGAGAGUACGUGCUGCACAUGUGGCAAAUCUCAGGGAAGGGAGAGGACCAGGGCAGCUUCAAUGCUGACAAGCUCACAUCGGCCACCAACCCGGACAAGGAGAACUCCAUGUCCAUCUCCAUUCUUCUGGACAAUUACUGUCACCCAAUAGCCCUGCCUAAGCAUCGACCCACCCCUGACCCUGAAGGGGACCGGGUCAGAGCUGAAAUGCCCAACCAGCUUCGCAAGCAACUCGAGGCAAUCAUAGACACUGAUCCCCUUAACCCACUCACAGCCGAGGACAAGGAACUGCUGUGGCAUUUUAGAUAUGAGACCCUGAAACAUCCCAAAGCAUAUCCUAAGCUGUUUAGCUCUGUGAAAUGGGGACAGCAAGAAAUGGUGGCCAAAACAUAUCAAUUGUUAGCCAGAAGGGAAGUGUGGGAUCAGAGUGCUUUGGAUGUUGGGCUAACGAUGCAACUCCUAGACUGUAACUUUUCGGAUGAAAACGUAAGAGCAAUCGCAGUUCAGAAGCUGGAGAGCUUGGAAGAUGAUGACGUCUUGCAUUACCUUCUGCAGCUGGUCCAGGCUGUGAAAUUUGAACCAUACCAUGACAGUGCCCUAGCCCGAUUUCUGUUGAAGCGUGGUUUACGGAACAAAAGAAUUGGUCACUUCUUGUUUUGGUUCUUGAGGAGUGAGAUAGCCCAGUCCAGACACUAUCAGCAGAGGUUUGCUGUGCUCCUGGAAGCCUACCUAAGGGGCUGUGGCACAGCCAUGCUGCACGACCUUACCCAACAAGUCCUCGUAAUUGAGAUGCUACAAAAAGUCACCAUUGACAUCAAGUCACUCUCUGCUGAAAAGUAUGACGUCAGUUCUCAAGUUAUUUUACAACUUAAGCAAAAACUUGAAAACCUACAGAAUUUGAGUCUCCCGACAAGUUUUAGAGUUCCCUAUGACCCUGGACUGAAAGCAGGAACACUGGUGAUUGAGAAAUGUAAAGUGAUGGCCUCCAAGAAGAAGCCCCUGUGGCUCGAGUUCAAAUGUGCUGACCCCACAGCCCUCUCAAAGGAGACGAUUGGCAUCAUCUUUAAACAUGGUGAUGAUCUGCGCCAAGACAUGCUGAUUUUACAGAUUCUAAGAAUCAUGGAGUCCAUCUGGGAAACAGAAUCUUUGGAUCUGUGCCUCUUGCCAUAUGGUUGCAUUUCAACUGGUGACAAAAUAGGGAUGAUCGAGAUCGUGAAGGACGCCACAACCAUUGCCAAGAUUCAGCAAAGCACCGUGGGGAACACGGGUGCAUUCAAGGAUGAAGUCUUGAGUCACUGGCUCAAGGAAAAAUGCCCGCUCGAGGACAAGUUUCAGGCAGCAGUGGAGAGAUUUGUUUAUUCCUGUGCAGGCUACUGCGUGGCAACCUUUGUUCUCGGGAUAGGCGACAGACACAACGACAAUAUUAUGAUCUCAGAGACAGGAAACCUCUUUCAUAUUGACUUCGGGCACAUUCUUGGCAACUAUAAAAGUUUCCUGGGCAUUAAUAAAGAGAGAGUGCCAUUUGUGCUUACUCCAGACUUCCUGUUCGUGAUGGGAACUUCCGGAAAGAAGACAAGCCCACACUUCCAGAAGUUUCAGGAUGUCUGUGUCAAGGCGUACCUUGCCCUUCGCCAUCACACAAACCUGUUGGUUGUGCUCUUCUCCAUGAUGCUGAUGACGGGAAUGCCCCAGUUAACAAGUAAAGAAGAUAUUGAGUACAUCCGGGAUGCCUUAACAGUGGGAAAAAAUGAGGAAGACGCCAAGAAGUAUUUUCUUGAUCAAAUAGAAGUUUGCAGAGACAAAGGAUGGACUGUGCAGUUUAACUGGUUCCUCCACCUGGUUUUGGGCAUCAAGCAAGGAGAGAAGCAUUCAGCCUAGUAAUUUACGCUCAAAUUACAGAUGCAUCGGUGUCCUGCAGCUUUACAACAUCCUGUCAGUCAUCCAGCUUGGAUUUGAAAUGCAAUAGGACACUAUGAAAGUUGGUAUUGAAGAAAUACAGCUCUUUUCCUAGCUGAAAUUGCGCAGAGGAAAAAAGUUGGUCAAAAUGCGGUUAACAUAUUUAGGGCUAUGUUUAUUUGCAGGUUGUUCCCCCACUCCCUCAUUUGUCUCAGAAUGCCUAGAACAUUCUAAGUUUAAGCAUACUAAUGACUUCCUUAUUGUGCUUGAUCGUUUGACUUUCUCAUUAUUGAGUGCUUCUGGAAAUUCCUUGGAAUAUCUGAUGAUAUCUAGUCUCCUCUGGCUUUACUCUCUCAAUAUUGGUUAUCCUUGUGUUCAAGGUCUGUCCAGCGAAAGAUACAAUCACUAUAACCUUGGUCUCAUUCCUCAAACAACACUUCUAAACAUCCUCGCAGUGUCCCCAGGUGUUCGUGAUGUUUGAGAAGCAAAGCCAGCUGGUCUUCCCAGUGGCUGUUACACUUAGACCCUUGCACAGUGUACAGCUGAGUCACACAGACACAGGAGGGAAAAAAUCUGACCCUUGGACCUCAGCCCUUCUCUGCUGCUCCGGUUCCCCAGUUAUAAACAGGAGAAGUAGAGAUGAGGGCUUUUGUGUCAUCUCUGGCCAGUGUGUGUGUGGCCUUCCCUGCUACAGUACUAACCCAAGCUCUGUCUCUGCAUUUCCUCUCCCUCUUGUUCCCUGCCUCCUUGUUCCCCAGCUACCAUUCUCCGCAGACUUGGGAAAUCUUCAAGGACAUCCUUAUGCUAGAACUCCAGUGAGUUCAAAAGAGAAUUUCUACUCUAACAUUGCUGGAAUAUUGGUACUUGUAAAGAUAUUUAAUAGAUUUUUUUUAAAAAAGCAUAUUAUUCAAAGCGUAUUCUAGAAAAUGCAAAUCGUUUUCCAAAUGAUUUAGUUUUAAAAUUUGGCUUCAGUGGUUCUUGAUUUAACAGGAGAUACCUGAUAACUAAAAAACAUCCCAGGUUAGCAAGAACACUACUAAUCCUCUUAAUUUCUCAGCUUAGAGGACUUUUGAACUUUAGCACAUCCUUUGGGAUUUCACAAACUAACUUCAAUGUCUUCUUUAAAAAUAUUCUCAGCUCUUAAAUAUCUUGCUAUUCAUUGGAAGUGCUGUUUAGAGUAUAAUCAUUAAAUUAUUUAUUCAAUAUUUUUUAGAUUGCUUAUAACAAAUACAUUACACAGGAGUAUCUCUGCUAAUGGUGUUUAACCAGAUAUAAAUAUAUAACCAAUUUUUACAUCUUCAAAAUAGAUACUGUUUGUGAGAUAGCUCAAACCUUCUUCCGAUGACUGCAAAUGAACCACACUUCUUAACAAGGCUGCAAAGAGACAUGAGGGACACCUUCUAAAAAUAUCCUUGUCUAAGUUAUAAUUUAGUUAGUAUGGGAUGAGUCCCAGGCCUCAUAUUUUUCCAGAUUCUCUAAACAUUCUAAAACAUCACCAGGGUUAGAUGCCUGGCAUGGCCUUUGCAGUGCACAGCGACUCUGCCUCCUAGCCCAUUUAGCCUCUUCGUGGCUCAGGGACAUCCAGAAGGCAUUCCCCUGCUUUGACAACUCAUCCUCUUAAAGUCCUGCUCUGUCCACAUCAGGAGAGCCAGGUCCUGUAGUGAAACAUUUAUUCCUCAACGUGGAGGAUGGAUGUUUACAGCACUUCUAAACCAACUGUUUCUUACCAUUCUCCUGAAGGAAAGCAGGAACAGUGGUGUUUGAAAAGAUCAGAAGAGGAUGCUUCUGCUAGCCGUGUGAAGCAUAAUCAGGCUCAGCUCUUGCAUACAUUCUGUGUUGCAUAUGAACUGCCAAAAAACUGAUCUUAAUCAAAGAACUGUAAAAAAGUGUAUUCAUAUUUAGCUCAUUGGCACACAUGCAGAUUUGCUCUCCCAAUGGACAGGUCUUUCAGUUUUCUCCUGUCUCUCUUGAUGGUGUUUUUGCAAAUGUGUGUAUAUCACAUUGGACUUGGCUUUUCCACAUUUCAAAUUACAGAAUUAGUUCAGCUUUAUACUUGUUUGCACAUAAGCAAGUCACCUUUAUAUACUUCUUUCCUUUGCUGUACCCGAGGAAUUAUGUGAGCAGCAAGCCCUACACUCUGGGAAACACUCAAGAGCCAAGGUAAUCCUGCUGUUGAGAACUGCCCACAACUCUCAUCUUCUAUGCCAAAGGAAAACGCAGUUCAUGACACAGAAGGAUCAGCUCAAAAGUGAAUCUUACAUCCAGCUGGGGCUGCAUGCAUAACUGCCAGAGCCCAGUGCAAAAGGUAAAAAUGGGGACUAGCCACUCACAGAUGAUCAAGAAAACCAAGACAGCUACAGCAGAGCAAUAAGUCAAGCCCAGUGCCAUUGGGAGCCCAGAGGACUUGGGAAAGGCCAAGUCAUGCUGUAGUUCCAGGUAAUGGCUUUGGUGCUCAGUUUUGUUCAUAUAGACUGUGACUGUAUGAAUUCAGAUAAAGUACCAGGCCACAAGGGUGCUUUGGUUCAAAUUAAAGUACCUCACCUCCGCAACUGCGCAUUAGGGCAUGGGAGAGUGGCCUUUGCUCCCAGGUUGAAACAAUGCCCACAGGAAGUAAGACAAAGCAGGGAUCCUAGAUUUAGCUCAAUGUUGGGGAAGACAUUAUAAAGUUAUAUCAGUUCCCACCAGAGAAAGCUCUGGCCUUUUGAAACAAAAAAUAACUUUAGAAAAUAUAUUCUUUUUAGAAGGUGAACUCUUUUUUUAAGGCUAGAUGGAAAUUCUGUAGUGAUAUAACUUGGAAGCUGUUUGUCCUGUAUUCAUGCAAAUUAAUUAGUUCUUGAAGUACAUCCUCAAAGUAAUUUUACAAAGUGUCUGGAACAAAUCUGAUCUUUAUUUCAUAUGCUAAGCCAUGCUUCCUGUGAUUAUGCAACAAAUUGACAAUUAUAUUUAACAAUUUGAGGAAAAUAAAAUAAAUUUGGAUUUUUAA